CAGGUACCAAUUCGCUAAAGCGCCAUCUCCCUUCCCAACGACGACGAGCCCGCUGUAAAACCCUAGGUCACGGCCGCCGGCGAAGGGCACACUCAUGCCAAGCUGCCUCGUCGGCCUGGUCCCUCCACCCGCCGCUCUCCACCUCCUGCUCCGCCGCCGCUGCAUGGCCUCCUCCUCCGCCCCGUCCCGCGCAUUCCAGCUCCGCCUCAACCCGCUCACCGGCGACUCCGAGUGGCUCGUCGUCGAUGAGGCGGAAGCGGACGGGGAGGCACCGGCGACCUCCCAGAGGAAGCUUCUCGCCACGACGUCCUACCUCGACAUGCUCAACGACGCCGCCCGCAACCGCGCGUACCGCCGCGCCAUCGACGCCGCCGUCACCGACCCUUCCUCGCGCGUCCUCGACAUCGGAGCUGGUACCGGGUUGCUCUCCAUGAUGUCUGCGCGAGCUCUGGAAAAUGUUGGAGGUGAAGGUAAGGGUAGUGUGUCGGCGUGUGAAUCCUACCUACCCAUGGGCAAGUUGACCCGCAAGGUUCUGAGAGCUAACGGGAUGGAAAAGAAGGUGAAAAUCUUUCAUAAGCGUUCGGAUGAGCUCGAAGUUGGAGUCGAGCUCGAUUCGCCGGCUGAUAUACUGGUGAGUGAAAUUCUUGAUUCAGAGCUGUUGGGUGAGGGUCUGAUACCUACUCUACAGCAAGCUCACGAUGAGUUAUUGGUAAAAAAUCCAAAGACAGUUCCAUAUCGAGCUACUACAUACGGACAGUUAGUCGAGAGUACAUUCUUGUGGAAGAUGCAUGAUUUGCACAACAAUGAAGCAAAUGCUGCAGAUGGUAUCUGGCUUACUCCUGAUGGAACAGAAAGGGUUGUUUCUGUGAAGCCGCAGCAACAUGCUAUGCAAUGUGAUGCAUUAGAAGAUGAGAUACGAUUGCUGUCAGAACCCUUCAAAGUUUUUGAAUUUGACUUUUGGGAACGACCAAAGAGUAAUCGAGAAACCAAGAUCUCGAUAAAAACAACUGGUGAUGGGUGUGUUCAUGCUAUUAUUUCAUGGUGGGUGCUUCAAUUAGAUUCUGCUGGGUCAAUCUUUUACUCAACUGCUCCUAGAUGGGUGAGACAAUCAAGUAUUGAGGAUCUACCACAAGACACGAAGGAUUGGUGUGAUCAUUGGAAGCAUUGUGUUUGGUUUACACAAGGGAGAGGUGCUCCUGUUAUGAAAGAUCAAAUUCUUUCUCUAAGGGCUAGUCAUAACCUAACUAGCAUCUCAUAUGAGCUGCUGAAUACCACUGAUGAAGCGUGGAGUGGAAACUUGAAAGGUGACCAUCUAACAUUGUCGCCAGAAAGGAUAGCACUUUAUGGUGAUAGAUAUUGGAGAUCAGCUUUGAUAACUGUAGUUAAAAAUGCUCUGAGUGAUAGAUCUUUGUCAACCUGUAUUGUGGCUGAUGACAGUAUAUUCUUAACUCUCCUGGUUUCUUCCCUCUCGCCAUCUUCAAAAGUUAUUGCCAUGUUUCCUGGCCUGCGAGAGAAAGGUGCAACCUAUAUUCAAGCUGUCGCAGAUGCAAACAAUCUCUCCAUGGACCAAAUUCAAGUGAUUGGUAAAAAAGCGGCAUCUCUUACACUGGAUGAUUUGAAACAGAAGAAGGUUAAUUUAUUAGUGGGGGAGCCGUUUUAUUAUGGCAGUGAAGGGAUGCUUCCAUGGCAAAACCUGCGUUUCUGGAAUGCAAGAACUCUGCUUGAUUCGAUGUUAUCCAAGGAUGCACUCAUAGUGCCUUGUAAAGGAAUAUUGAAGUUGUGUGCCAUGUCUCUUCCAGACUUGUGGAGAAGCCGUUGCAGUCUUAAAGAUAUCGAGGGUUUUGAUCACUCGGUUGUUAACGAGAUUUUAGGAGCCUGCGGCAAUCUGCCUGGAGAACAGCAAAGUCCUUGUCUGCCCUAUUAUGUAUGGCAGUGUGGUUAUACAAAGAAAUUAAGUAAAGUAUACUCUCUCAUGGACUUCAACUUUUCUGAGCCAAUUCAUUCCUGUUUUGGAAAAACGAAGAUCGAGUUUGCCGAUGUGGGAAUAUGCCAUGGUUUCGCAGUUUGGAUUGACUGGGUGCUCGAUGAAAAAAACUCCAUCGUGUUAAGCACAGGACCAGAUAAUCGAUACUGGAAACAAGGAGUGCAGCUGCUUAGCAAGCCUGUAGAAGUGAGUCCAGCCAAUUCAGCCGUGCAUGUGGAAGCAUCCUUUGAUCCUGACUCUGGGGAGCUCACGUUUCAUUCCUUGUUCUCUUGAUGUUAGUUGUAUUAUGGAAACUCGUGCAACAACGGAGAUAAGAAAUCAAAAGGCCUUCUCUUGUAUCUGACAAUGGCGACUUUGCCAGUAGUUAGGAAUAGCACCGCUGUAGAGAUACAUUUGUUCGUGUGUAAACCUGCUGGUGAAGCAGAGCUUGCUCAUCCACUGUGAACACAUCUGCUUAACUUUGCUUUGCAUAGCCUACAGUUUUCAGGGCUUGUCAAUUUUUCAGCAAUAUUAUCUGUGGUUCUGUUACUUUCCUA